AUGACGCUAGGGCCCAACAUUGACGAGUGCCAGGUCGCCCCAGGACAGGCUGCUCCCUGCGACCACCACUGCCACAACCACCUGGGUGGCUUCUACUGCUCCUGCCGCCGGGGCUACGUCCUCCACGAGAACAAGCGCACCUGCUCAGCCCUGUGUUCAGGUCAGGUCUUUGCCGACCGGUCGGGAGUGCUCAGCAGCCCUGAAUACCCACAGCCGUACCCCAAACUCUCCAGUUGCACCUACGGCAUCCACCUGGAGGAAGGAUUCAGCAUCAUCCUGGACUUUGUGGGGUCCUUUGAUGUGGAGACGCACCCGGACACCCAGUGCCCCUACGACUCCCUCAAGAUUCAAACAGACAAGGAGGAAUAUGGCCCAUUUUGUGGGACAACGUUGCCCCCUAGGAUUGAAACUAAAAGCAAUGCCGUGACCAUCAUCUUUGUCACUGAUGAGUCGGGGGACCACACAGGCUGGAAGAUCCACUACACCAGCACAGCUCAGCCCUGCCCUGGUCCCGUGGCGCCACCUAAUGGCCACAUCGCGCCGGUGCAAGCCGAGUACAUCCUGAAGGACCGCUUGGCCGUCUUCUGCGAGACCGGUUACGAGCUGCUCCAAGGAGCUUUGCCCCUGAAAUCCUUUGCUGCGCUCUGUCAGAAAGAUGGAUCUUGGGACCAGCCGAUGCCCACGUGCAGCAUUGUUGACUGCGGCCCUCCGGAUGACCUGCCCACGGGCCGAGUGCAGUACAUCACAGGCCCCGAAGUGACCACGCACAGAGCCGUGAUUCAGUACCACUGUAACGAGGUCUUCUACACAAUGACCCCUAACGACGGUAAAUACGUGUGUGAGGCUGAUGGAUUCUGGACGAGCUCCAAAGGAGAAAAAUCACUCCCCGUCUGUGAGCCUGUGUGUGGAGUAUCAACUCGUACCACGGGAGGUCGAAUAUACGGAGGGCAGAAGGCACAGCUCGGGGACUUCCCCUGGCAAGUGCUGUUACUAGGCCAGACCACAGCUGCGGGCGUGCUCCUGCGGGACAGCUGGAUCCUAACGGCGGCGCACGCUGUGUACGCGCAGAAGGAAGCUGCCUCCUCCUUGGACAUCAGACUGGGUACCCUGAAGAGGCUGUCGGCUCAUUACACACAAGCCUGGGCUGAGGCCAUUUUUACACAUGAAGGUUAUACUCAUGGCGCUGGCUUUGAUAACGACAUAGCACUGAUUAAACUGAAGAACAGAGUUGCAAUCAACAGCAACAUCCUGCCUAUCUGCUUGCCAGGAAAGGAGGCCGAAUCCUUUAUGAGGACAGAUGACCUUGGAACUGCAUCAGGAUGGGGGUUAACCCAGAGGGGUUUUCUUGCCAGAGAUCUAAUGUUUGUUGACGUACCAAUUGUCGACCAUCAGAAAUGCUCCGCUGCGUACGAGAAGCUGGCCUUUCCGGGGGGGAGGGUGACAGAGAACAUGCUCUGCGCUGGCUUAGAUGGCGGGGGCAAGGACAGCUGCAGAGGGGACAGUGGGGGGGCGCUAGUGUUUCUGGAUAAUGAGACACAGAGAUGGUUUGUGGGAGGAAUAGUGUCCUGGGGUUCCAUCAAUUGUGGGGAAGCAAAUCAAUAUGGAGUCUACACCAAAGUUAUUAACUACAUUCCCUGGAUCAAGAACAUAAUUAGUAAUUUUUAAUUUGUAGGUCUUCAACGAUUCCUUAGUUUUAAAAAUCCCUGCAAAAGCUCUUAGUAGCCAUGUGGCCUGAGAGCCACGAACUUGGCAGUUGUUGCUCUAACCCCAAACCACUGCCACACCACGAAUCAGCCUGCCCUUCCCAGCACUUCUCACUCGUCAGUUUUUCACCCCUUACUCUUUGACUCAAGGGGACACAGAUGAUUAGGCCGGAUCACCUUUGCCAAUCCAACAGAAACUCACUGGUUAAAUAUGCAUUUAAUUACUUACAAGUCCAGUAUCUUUUGUACUGUUUCUCUACAUUUCUACAGAUUGCCUGUUCAUGUUCUCUAAUUUUCCAUUUGGGGGCUUGUUCUUAUUGAUUUCUAACAGAGCUUUAUAUAUUAUAGCAAAGCUGGUUCACGUAUAGCCUUGAAUCAUGAUUUUUUUUUUUUUGGUAAAUAAACUGGACACAUGGAUACUUUGGCUUAGGUGCUGACUCCCAUGUUUAAAAACCAACAGCACAAAUGGUGAGAUAGAAUUUUUCACUUAUCAAACUGGCAGACAAAAAGGAACAUGGAAUAGCACUAUUUCACACUGUUGAAGACAAUAUACAUUUCCUAAAGGACAAUUUGGAAAUAUUUGAAAAGCCCUGACAGCAUGCAUAUAGUCUUUGACCUAGUAAUUCCAAUGUUAAAAAUUUAAUUUAGCUGUGAUGUUCUGGCACUUGGAAAUAACCUGAAUAAUAUUCACAUAUAGAAAAGAGCUGAAUCAAAUGUGGCAUUUUCUUAAGAAGAAAUACGUCAGAAUUAAGUGGUGGUUUAACAGAUAAAUCUAUAGUUGGUUUUUUCCUUCUCACAAUGAACAUGGAAAUACUUGGGCACACUUAACAAACAACAGAUCACAUACCAUACAAUAGCUAAGUACAGAACUCAUACACAGUUAAGAGCUACUCACCUAGUACUCAACAACAAAUUAUUCUAAUUAUCAUGUACAUCUUCUUUUUCCAAAGGACACAAUUUAAGCCAAUUUAACCUUAAAGAGCUAAGGUCGUUUUCACCGGCUGUUCCUCCUUAAGAAGUUCUAAUAGGUUAACAUUUAACAAAGGGUUUCAUUCUAGCCAAAUAACUACCACUCGUGUAAAAAUUCACUGUUGACUUUUGGCCCAAUUUCUCUUGUGUUCAUUAAAGGGGGACCUUCUUGAGACUCACUUUUG